AUGCCUGAAGAAAAUCAUAGCAUGAAAAAUGAGUUUAUCCUCACAGGAUUUACAGAUAAACCAGAGCUAACCUCUCUGUUUUUUGUGGUAUUUUUUGUCAUCUAUCUAGUGACCAUCGUGGGAAAUCUUGGUCUGAUGAUACUAAUUUCAAAAGAGCGUUGUCUUCAUACACCAAUGUACAUGUUUCUGGGAAACUUGGCUCUUGUGGAUUCUUGCUGUGCCUCUGCAAUUACUCCAAAGAUGUUAGAGAACUUCCUUUCUAAAGACACAAUGAUUUCCCUCUACGAAUGUAUGCUGCAGUUCUAUUUUCUUUGCACUGUUGAAACUGCAGAUUGCUUUCUGCUGGCAGCAAUGGCCUAUGACCGCUAUGUGGCCAUAUGCAGCCCCCUGCAGUACCACACCAGGAUGUCAAAGAAGCUCUGUGUUCAGAUGAUCAUCGGGGCCUUCAUAGCUGGAAACUUGCAUUCCAUGAUUCAUGUAGGGCUUCUCUUUAGGUUAGCAUUUUGUGCAUCAAACCACAUUCACCACUUUUACUGUGAUAUUCUUCCUUUGUACAGACUCUCCUGUGUUGAUCCUUAUGUCAAUGAACUGGUACUAUUCAUCUUUUCAGGCUCAAUUCAAGUCUUCACCAUAGGUAGUGUCUUAAUAUCUUAUCUCUACAUUCUUUUUACGAUUUUCAAAAUGAAAUCCAAAGAGGGAAGGGCCAAAGCCUUUUCCACUUGUGCAUCCCACUUUCUGUCUGUUUCGUUAUUCUAUGGGUCUCUUUUCUUCAUGUAUGUUCGACCCAAUUUGCUGGAAGAAGGAGAUAAAGAUAUACCAGCUGGUGUUUUGUUUACAAUAGUUGUUCCCUUACUCAAUCCUUUCAUUUAUAGCCUGAGAAAUAAGGAAGUAGUAAGUGUCCUGAGAAAAAUUCUGAAGAAAAAAUAAUCUCAAAAAACUCUAACAAACCACAUUUAUUGCAGCUUAAUGAUCUGAAUGGAGAAAAAACUUCCACAUGAAAUUACAAAGAGGAAAUGCAAAAAUUAUAUGCAAAAUAUUUAUAAAUUAUAAUACAUUCAAUUUAGGCAAUAAUAAUAUAAGGGGAGAGCAUAUUGAAAGGAGUCAACUGUGCUAAAUCCUAACUCAAAAUAACAAAAAUCAGAAGCAAAUCUUGAACUCAUUCAAGUAACAACAGAAUUUUUUCAAGUGCAUGGACUGUUUCAGCAUCAAACCUAAUUAGCACCCAAAAGACAACAGCCAA